GUCUGUGCUCUUCACAAUGUUUCACCUCUGAUUUAUCUCCCGCUACGAGGAGACUGAAGUUAGCUUUGUGUUCAAAAUGUCUAAAGUCCAAAUGCUGAGAGCGUCGGUGAAUCAGAGACUAACUGCGGCUGCUGAAGAGAUAUUUGUGCUGUUUGAAAGAACGAUAGCAGAGUACGAGGAGGAACUUUCUCGAUCUAAAGAGGAGAACAAGCGACAACGCAAACUACUGGACGCUGUUUUCAAGCCUCAACUUCAACUACACAGAGCAGAUGUACAAGAAGUGAUUACUGGAGACGAAGAUAACCAGGAGACAAACUCCAAUGUGAACCAGGACCGAGAUCCUCCACACAUUAAAGAGGAAGAGGAGGAAGUCUGCACCAGUCAGGAGGGAGAGCAGUUUCAAGGACUGGAGGAGGCUGAUAUCACUACAUUCACAUUCACUCCUGUUCCUGUGAAGAGUGAAGAUGAUGAAGAGAAACCUCAGUCCUCACAUCUUCAAAGACUAACUGAUCAGAUGGAAACAGAAGCUGAUGGAGAGGACUGUGGAGGAUCAGAACCAGACCGGAACCCACAUCCAGAUACACAUUUACAAUCUGAUACUGAUGACAAGACUUCAGACUCUUUAAAGACUGAGACUGAAGACCAUGAUGAAAGGAAGGAGACCAGUGAACCUGUUGUAGUGAGCUGUGAGCAGAGUUGUAAUGAGGUGGAAUCAUUCAGCUGCUCUGAGUGUGGUAAGACAUUUAGCCAAAAGGGACAUCUGCUCAUCCACCGCAAAAUUCACAUAGAGGAAAAACCUUUCAGUUGCUCUGUUUGUGGUAAAAUAUUAGUGUGCAAGGGGUCUCUUAAGAGACAUAUGAGAAUUCACACAGGAGAGAACCCCUUUAGUUGCUCAAUUUGUGGUAAAAGACUAGUAUGCAAGGGGUCUCUUGGGAGACAUAUGAAAACUCACACAGGAGAGAAACCCUUUAGUUGCUCAGUUUGUUUUAAAAGACUUGUAUGCGAAGUGUCUCUCAGGAGACAUAUGAAAUUUCACACAGGAGAAAAACCUUUUAAUUGUAUAAUUUGUGGUAAAAGAUUUGUAUGCAAGGAGUCUCUUAGGAGACAUAAGAUAACUCACACAGGAGAGAAACCCUUUACUUGCACAGUUUGUGGUAAAUCUUUUACUCAGUCAGGUCUGCGCUACCACCUGAAAACUCACACAAGAGAAAAACUAUUCAGUUGUUCAAUUUGUGGUAAAAGAUUCAACCAGGAGGUGACUUUACAGCUACACAUGAGAACCCACACAGGCGAGGAAACAUUUAGCUGCUCUGAAUGUGGUAAACUAUUUGCUUUGAAAAGAUAUCUGCAGAGACACAUGAGAAUCCACACAGGAGAGAAACCAUUUAGCUGCUCCUUUUGUUGUUUUAGAUUCAACAAAAAGGCAAAUCUGCACAGACACAUGAGAAUCCAUUCAAGAGAAACCACUUAA